AUGGAGUGUCGGACGAGCAACUUCAACUCCAGCCUCGGCCAGAGCGUUCUUUCUGGUCGUCGCCCGCGCGUAAUAUUUUCUGGCAUUCAACCGACUGGUAUACCCCAUCUAGGGAACUAUUUCGGUGCUCUUGCUAAUUGGGUGAAGCUUCAGCGGGAGGCAGACCCUAGCGAUGAGCUCAUCUUCUCCAUCGUAGGGUGGCAUGCUCUUACCCUACCUCAAGAUCCAAAGGCUUUACAAGUCGCUCGCAUGGACAUGGUUGCGCUCAUGCUUGCUGUUGGAAUUGACCCUAAGCGGUCUAUAGUAUUUCAUCAAGAUCACAUCCAAAACCAUACUGAGCUGGCUUGGAUUUUGAGUUGCCUUACUCCUGUAGGUCGCUUGAUGCGUAUGACGACCUGGAAGUCCAGAUUGGCUGUUUCACGGAACGCCAACGAUGAAUCUGAAGUCGAUGACUCCUUACUUAACGCUGGACUAUUGACUUACCCAGUGCUGCAAGCAGCAGAUAUUCUAGCAUACAAGGCAACUCAUGUCCCAGUGGGCGAUGAUCAGCAACAGCAUCUAGAAUUAUGCAGGGACAUUGCAGACUCCUUUAACAGGGCGUACAAAAAGCCAUCUCCGUUGUUCCCUCUACCACGGCAUAUGUAUACACCCACGAGACGCGUUCUGUCUCUGAAAGACCCAUCUUCCAAAAUGUCCAAGUCUGCCGCCGAUGCAAACUCCCGUAUCAUCCUCACGGAUACUGCCGCCCAAAUCAAGAACAAGAUUCGUGGCGCAACGACGGACUCAAUUCAAGGCAUCACUUACGAUCCCGUCGGCCGCCCUGGGACAUCGAACUUGCUCCUUGUUCUUGCUGCCUGUACCGAUGAAGACGUAGUGGAGGUUGCGAAACGGUACGCGAACAAGAAUCACGGCGAUUUGAAGGCCGAUGUAUCCGAUGCCAUCGAAGAGGCGUUCAAGGGCCCCCGAGCAGAAUUUGAGAAAAUACGAUCGGAAAAUGCGUAUUUGACUCGGAUUUCGGAGGAGGGUGCUGCAAAAGCACGGGCGAAGUCAGACAUCACAAUCAAAGAGGUCAGGAGGCGCGUGGGGUUGGCUUAA